UUUCGUCGGCGCUCGUUCUCGUACGAGACACUCUCUCCGUGGCUCGAGCCGAACGCAGCAACGGCGGCGGCGACGACGACGGCCGACGAGAGUGACCGACAAGGACCGAGCGCACGUGGGCGGGGCGACGGGAGGGGAGAGUAGUCGCGUACACCGUGACUCGAGAAGUACGACGGCCAACGAGUGCGACCGAGCACGACCGAGAGCGGUGCUUGGGUGGGGGGAUACAGUAGAGUGGAAGGAGAUAAAGCUAGUGCGUUCUCGUUGACGCUUAUUCGCGUACGCGACUCUAUCCGUGGCGCGAGCGAGACGGAGGUACCGCUGACGACGGGAGCGAGCGAAAGAAACCGAUCGGUCGUGGGUGGGAGUUACAGGGUAGGAUAGUGAAUUUGUUCGAGACGUUUGAUUGAUUGACCACGAGCUGGAGCUGCGUGUAGAAUCAUGGACUGGAGAGUGGGACUGCUGCUGAUAUGUAUGCUCGCCGAGGAUACGGAGGCUCUGAGGAUGCUGGAGCUGGUGGUACCCCAGUAUGUGGUCCGUGGCCAGAGCAUAAGGCUGGAGUGUAACUUCAACCUCGACGGGGAGACAUUGUACUCGGUGAAAUGGUACAAAGACGGGAACGAAUUCUAUCGAUACGUUCCCCAGGACAGGCCACCGGUGCUCGUCUUUCAGCUGCCAGGUGUCACGGCGAACAUCCAUAAUUCGACCGAGAGGUCCGUGGUCCUCUAUUCCGUGAACCUGAUGAGCACCGGAAGGUACAGAUGCGAGGUGUCAGCGGAGGCGCCGUCGUUCCAAACGGUAUCCGAUCACUCGGACAUGAUGGUAGUGGCCCUGCCGGAAGACGGACCCGUUAUCACCGGUAGACCAGGAAGGCAUCGUUAUCAGGUCCGCGACGUGGUGCGGUUCAAUUGCACCUCGGCCAAGUCGAAACCAGCUGCCAUGCUCAGCUGGUUCAUCAACGGAGAGCCUGUUGAUACGCAAUACUUGAGAGGGCCCCACAUCACCGAGGUGGAUCGCGAGGGUCUGGAGACUGCCGUGCUCGGUCUGGAGUUCCGUCUGCGUGCGAACCAUUUCAAGAGGGGAGACCUGAAGAUCAAAUGCCUGGCGACGAUAGCGACCGUCUAUUGGAAAUCGAACGAGCUCAGCAUAGAGGGUGAAAAGCCCCUCAAGAUGCCGGUAAUGGAGAGCAGGGAGACAAGGGCGCAAGGGCACACGCACGCGGAACAUAUCUUAGGAGGAAGCGGAAGUAGCGCGCUGGUACCCUGCAUCAUACCACUGGUCACGUGUUUAUUGAUCCUUCGAUAAGAGGAAGAAGAGACACACGCGUCCUUCCUGCUCAUCCAUUUUCCAGGCCUCCGAAUGGUGUCAUGCGGAGACCAUUGUGUACUAAAUUAUCCGUGUUGUUUCUAUUUUUUAUAAUCGCAGUUAGCGGAGUUAGCGAGGACAUAGGCGAAAGAAUAUAUUAAACAAAGAUGUACGUCAGUAUGUUUAGAGAGUUAGAGGAUAGCAGGUGAACUCGUAUUUAUUGGAUUAGUCCAUUAAUCUGUGCAUAGAUUUCAUUUCUUUUCUCCUCCCCCCUCCCUACCUUAUGAAAACUGCCGAUCUUAAUUAUUAAAUUUACCUACAUCUGUGAACAGAUUUAUGAACUGAUCCAAUAGAAAACGAUCGAUCAUGAUUAUAUUCAAAGUUUUUUAUUCAAAGUUUUAACAAAACAAACAACCGUACUUUAUAUAAAAUCUGUGUUGAAAAAGUAUCCACAGGUACGCCAACCUCGGUGUUAGAAAAACUCCUUUUCUUUCUCUCAUUCGUCUUAAGAAAAUUUCCAGUACGUGUGAAGAAAAAUAUUAAUCACUCGAAUGCAUGUCCAAGGAUGAAAGCAAGUGCGUGUCGAGCACAUUUAUAUCUAACUGUACACGAGUGUUUCUAUCGUCCAAUCGUGGGAGAAUAAGAUUCAACCCCGGUGAGAGUAUGUUCUCUUUCGUCGUAGCUUUUAUCAAAUCUAGUCGCUAUUAAUCAAUCGCAAAGAUAUGUUAUCGUAGAGUUAAAUGCGAGCGUGAGUGUAGAGCGUGUUUCACCAAAGAACAUUUGAACAUUUCGCGCCAGUAACAUUCCUAAUCGUUAAUUACAAGCGGAACACCAUUGGAGAGUGUGUAAAUGUAUCCAUCAUAAUGUACUUGCCACUCUUUACCCAUGGUAUUAAUGUAAGAGCACUCUGUACAUAUGUACAUAAAUCAAACCAACUUUUAUCUUUAACUUAACGUUCUGAUAAUAAAGCGGCGUUCAAUGUCGACGGUCGGCAAAACAAA